CCGAGGAACGUUUAACUCACCCUUAUCUCACAUAUUUUAAUUGCAAAAAUUACACAAACCAUGUUUGACUAAUUACAAAUUGCAAGUAACUUAAAAACGGAGGGAGUGUAAAGAAGCUAACCUUGUAAAAAGAAAAGAAAAAGUUCAAAGACCUUUUACUUUCUCAUUUCGUGUUGUUUCGCAUAAUUAACAAUGGCGGAAUACAAAACCCUAAAAAUCAACCAAAUCAAACCAAAUUCCUCCGUCUUCUACCUUUACCUCAACCGUCCAUCUCACCGGAACGCUCUAUCAAGAGAUUUUUUCGAUGAGUUCCCAAGAGCCCUAAAAUCCCUUGAUCAAAACCCUAACGUCAACGCCAUCAUCCUCGCCGGCGCCGGUGAUCACUUCUGCGCCGGCAUCGACAUCAACACCCUCAGCUCCAUCACCAAAUCUGCGGACCGUGGUCGUUCCGGUGAGUGGUUUAGGAGAGAGAUUAAGUAUCUGCAAUCGGCGAUUACGGCAUUGGAAGAAUGCCGGAAACCGGUGAUUGUCGGUAUUCAUGGAGCUUGUAUUGGAGGUGGAAUUGAUAUUAUCUCCGCUUGUGACAUAAGGUACUGUACUGAGGAUGCUUUCUUCUCUGUUAAGGAGGUUGAUUUGGCAAUUACUGCUGAUUUAGGAACUCUUCAGAGAUUACCUGGGAUUGUUGGGUAUGGGAAUGCUAUGGAGUUGGCAUUGACGGCGAGGCGGUUUUCGGGUUUGGAAGCAAAAGAAAUGGGUCUGGUUUCUCGGGUAUUUGGUUCCAAAGAUGAUUUGGAUGGUUUUGUGGCACAAAUUGCUGAGGAUAUUGCGGCAAAAUCUCCUCUAGCCAUCACCGGUACUAAAGCAGUGCUACUAAAAAGUAAGGACCUUAAUUUAGAACAAGGGUUGGAUUAUGUAGCUACAUGGAACUCUGCGAUGCUUCUUUCUGAUGACCUAAAAGAGGCAACCUCUGCCUUUUUCCAGAAAAGAAAGCCAGUUUUUUCAAAGCUUUGAUCAGGUCACGUCGUUCUUCAUGGUUAAGUACUCAAACUUGAAUAAGCUCUUGCUAUCUACGCCUACCAGGUAUAGUUUUUCACCAGCUUGGAGGUUUUUACCUUACCUGCUUGGCCUAUAAUGAGAUUUAUUGCCGUACUUGUACCAAACUGUUUAUUUGGUCCCUUGUUGUAUAGUUCUUUUACAUCUCAUUUGUUGUAUUUGUUGUAUCAUUCUCCUAUUUCUUUGUGAGAAGUAUUGUUAAUGUGAAAUGAAAUUCAUGCAGAAUUAUGAUUG